CAAAAAUGACAGCCAUUUACAUUUAUCGACAAAAUAUCGUAUAAGAAUAUCGAAAAAAUACCAGAAUAAGCAUCGUGUGAUUAUUGCCUAUCGAUGUUUCUCUAACUCAUUUAUUAUUUUACAAAUUGACGACAAUUAAUAAAUUACAAGUUAAAAGUAAAAUGUCGCUAAACUAUGAAGAAAUGAGUUGGUCAGAUGUGCGAGAUCAGUUUAGAAAAUGGCGCGAGGAGUCUGGACGACACAGUGAGGAGGUGGUACAAUUGUGGGUAGCCGUGCUCGAAGACAAAGUCCAUAAAACAGGCAAUGAAAGACACUUAAUACUCGAGCAAGUCAUUGUUGCUGCUUUGGAUACCGCACGUUUCGACAUUGCUACAAAGUGCACAAAGCAGCUCAGUGCCGAGUUUCCUGGUAGCUUGCGGGUGAUGAAGUUUAAGGCCAUGCGAUUGGAAGCGCUUGAACAAUACGAUUCCGCCAAUGAGGUAUUAGAUGGUAUAAUUGAGAAGGACGAGACAAAUGCGGCGCCGCGCAAAAGGAAAAUAGCCAUAAUGAAGGCACGCGGACUGCGCUUGGAUGCCAUAAAGGAACUAAAUGCAUAUCUGAAAAAAUUCAUGUCCGAUCAGGAAGCAUGGCAGGAGCUCUGCAACUUGUAUUUGAGCGAGGGUGAGUACGGUAAGGCCGCCUUUUGUAUGGAAGAAGUCCUGCUACACAACCCCCACAGUCACCUGAUACAUCAGCGACUUGCUGACAUUCGCUACACUAUGAGUGGAGUAGAAAAUAUAGAAAUAGCACGCACGUAUUACUCGCAGGCUAUCAAGCUAAAUCCCCACAAUUUGCGAGCACUUUACGGUUUGUUUUUGUGCUGCAGCUUUUUGGCUAAUUCGAAAGCUGUAAGCUCCAAGCGUAAAGAGUCACAAAAAUUGGCACAAUGGGCACUGGAACAGGCUUUGGACCACACCGCCAAGCGUUCAUCGAUAAAUAACAAUGACAAAUGGAUAACAUCCUUGGAUUCUGCAUUUGGUACUCUGGAGAUCAAGUCAAAUUGACCUGUAGUUUCUGCUGAUAUAGUUAGCAUAGAUGCGUUACCCAACAAAACGUAAACUUUUCCAAAUAUGCUUAAAAAUAUAACUAUAAUUUUUAAAGCAGUAACCACCCUACCAUA